UCCUCGCUAGUUGAUAGUUGAUACACCUCUGGUACAGGACGCCAUUAUAAAAUAAUAUUUACAGAAAAUCGCGAAUACAGUGUCAAUAGGUACCUACUCUACUAACGGUUGUUCGUAAAAUCGUAACGCAGUGUACUUAUCGCGACACUGAUCAAUUUUUUUUUUAUAUUUCGAUGAACUGACGUCAUUUUUAACAGGAUUCAAGUGAUUAAAGUGAGUGAACUUUUAAAAAAUUAUAUAAAAGAAGAAGCUUCAACUCUUUGUUAUUUACGUACUUAAUAAUUACCACGAUGGACAACCUUGGUUUCGACUGGGACGAGUUACUGCCGAAGAUUUAUGUAAGGGACGAGGAGGAUACGCCAAUGGAAGUUGACGAAGAAACCGACUACACAAGAAACGUUAGAAGCCUGCUUCCACCGGAAAGCAUGGACGACAUAGAGUUGAAGAGCAUUCAGCUGCAGUUCCCCAACACACUGCAGCUGAACGGCGCGGAUGCGUGCGCGGAGACCCGCGUGCACACCGACCGCGGCGACCUCAUGGUGGCCGUGCAGGGCGACCGCACCAAGCCGGCCAUCCUCACCUACCACGACAUCGGCCUCAACUAUACGAGUUUCCAGACGUUCUUCAACUUCGUUGACAUGCGUGCUCUGAUGGAGAACUUCUGUGUGUACCACGUGAACGCGCCGGGGCAAGAAGACGGCGCGCCCACACUGCCUGAAGAUUAUUUGUACCCAACGAUGGAGGAACUAGCGCACCAGAUCAGCUUUGUGCUGGUGCACUUUGGCAUCAAGAGUUUCAUCGGUGUCGGAGUAGGCGCCGGGGCCCACAUCUUGGCAAGAUUCGCCCUUAUUAACCCGACAAAGGUGGAUGCGUUGAUGCUCGUAAACUGCACGUCCACAGCGCCUGGCUGGCUCGAGUGGGCGUCGCACAAGCUCAACUCGCGCUCACUACGCUCGCGUGGUAUGACUGCGGCUGUCGUCGACUACCUCGUCUGGCACCACCUCGGCAGGUCUCCCGAGGAGCGCAACCCGGACGUGGCUGCAAACUACCGCUCGUACUUCAGCCGAAACUGCAACCCUGGCAACCUGGCGAUGUUCAUAGAGUGCUACGGGCGUCGGAUUGACCUGGGCAUAGCCCGUGACAGCGUCACUCUACGCCCGCCCGUGCUCAACCUGGCCGGUGGCUUCUCUCCCAUGGUGGAUGACACCGUGGUACUGAACGCGCGCCUCGACCCUGCCAAGUCCACCUGGAUGAAGUUGUCUGAUUCGGCGUUGCCGUUGGAAGAGCAACCGGCCACGGUAUCGCAGGCAUUCCGUCUGUUCCUGCAAGGAGAGGGCUACGUGGCGCCACUGUCGCCGACGAAGAUUGUCGCUUUCCGUCGGCUGUCGGACGCAGGCCGACGUCGCGCGUGUCGUCACUCGCCCGUCAUUCGCAUUACCGAGAAUCCUAUCUCGGAGGCCUGUUCCGUCGCCUGCUAAAUACCCAGUACUCGGUACCUACACACCCACACUCAACACCCAGUACUAACACCCACAACCAUAAUGCCCGAUACCAAUACACCCACACGGAAUACUCGGACCCAUACACCCACAAAAUAUCCGGUACCUUUAUACCCUACUGAAUAAUCCGGUACUAAUAUACCUCCACCGAAUAUGUAAUGUAUCCAGUUUCUAAUGUGGAUGUAAAGAACCCAUACUAAACUCCCAGUACCGAUACAGCCCCAUCACAUUCCUGUUAUCCAUACAUCAUACCGAAUACCCGGUAUCAAUACACCCACACGGAAUACCCAGUAUCUAUUGUGGAUGUAGAGGAUCCAUAUAAAUACCCGGUACCGAUACGCCCCCAUCAAAUUGUUGGUAUCCAUAUACUCUACCAAAUACCCGGCAGUAAAGCAACCUGCACCAAAUACUCGGUAUUUAAUAUGGGUGCGAGCCACAACCUAAAUACCUGGCAUCCAUACACCUACAUCCAAUACCAGCUACAAAUAUACCCACACCCACCUACACACCCAGCGAAUACCCAGUACCCAACCCGACAAAAUGUAUCCGGUACCAAUAAACCCCACACAAAUACACAGCUUCUAUAUCAUACAGUUGGAAGAUUAUAAGGUGUUCAUACAUUGCAUACGAUUGCCCGCGAUAUUGUAAUUGUUUUAGUCAACAUCUCAACACCAAACUGUAUGAUUGCUAAGCUGUGACCGCACACCUAAUAUCCCCUCUAGGUACCAAGACGGUAUUAUUAUUUUAUAAUUUGUUUUUAUUGUUUUUACUUUAACCAAUAAGUAUUGUUCCUAUGUUUGUUAUUACCCCUUAGGUUGCCUUUUCACUACAUGAUAUGUGCGAAAUUGAUAUAAUAUAAAACUAUGUAAUUAUUUCGUUAUAUUUCUUAACUUAGCUCAAUGAAUCCUUUUUAGGGUGCGUUUCCACUGAAGAUGUUUUCGACUUUGCUCAAUUUUAAGAUGGAGUUAAAACAAAGACAGAUUCAUAUCUCUACAUAAAUCUGUCUCGUCUCAAAUCUGAGUCGGUGUGCGCUCUAUACACUGCAACCUUAGAUUGAGAUCUAUAGAAUACACUUUGACUUUGCUCUGACUUAAAACACAGUUAAAGCGAGACAGCGUUAUAUCACUAUGAUAUGCAACUUGCGGGCCACUGUAGUCGCUCUCGCUCAAGCAGAGUUACUUAAUUGUUGAAUGUUAUUCCUCAUAUUUUACGUUAAUUCGGCUAUUGUAGCCUAAUAUAGUGCAACCCACAAUUACACAAUAACUUAAAAAAAAUUACAUUAAACAAAACAAAUCAAUUAUUUGUUUAAAAUACUUGAGUCAACCUAACCUCACUUCAGGUUGUUUGUCCAAAUCUCGCGUACAAAAUACAUUUUGACAAAC